AUGAUCACUAUCACAAUGGCCAAACACUUCCUUUUUUCCCUCUGCUUGCUGCUCUUCAGCACUGCAUGUUUAGCACAUCACUCUGAGUUAGACAGGUUCAACCAAUGCCAGCUUGACAGUAUCAAUGCAUUGGAACCAGAUCGCCGUGUUGAGUCAGAAGCCGGUCUCACUGAGACAUGGAAUCCAAAUCAUCCUGAGCUACAAUGCGCUGGUGUAUCUCUUAUCCGCCGCACCAUUGAUCCUAAUGGCCUUCACUUGCCUUCUUAUUCACCAUCUCCACAGUUGAUUUUCAUCAUCCAAGGGAAGGGAGUACUUGGGCUUGCAGUCCCUGGUUGUCCUGAAACUUACGAAGAACCACGCUCACAAUCUAGACAGCAGCAACAACUACGUGACAGCCACCAGAAGAUUCGACGCUUCUCUAAAGGUGAUGUCAUUGCCAUUCCACCUGGAAUUCCUUACUGGACCUAUAACCAUGGGGAUGAACCUCUUGUUGCCAUUAGUCUUCUCGACACUUCCAACACUCUAAACCAGCUUGAUUCAAACCCCAGAGUAUUUUACCUUGGCGGAAACCUUCCAGAGGCAGAGUUCCCCGAAACACAGGAAAAACAUCAACAAAGGCAGAGUGUCCCAACUGGACGUAGAGGUGGACAUCAACAAGAGGAGGAAUCCGAGGAACAAAAGAAAGGUAACAGUGUGUUGAGUGGCUUCAGCGCAGAGUUUUUAGCACACUCACUCAACACCAAUAAGGAAACAGCUGAGAAACUUCAAUCUCCACAUGGUAAAAGGGGUCAAAUCGUAAAAGUAAAGAACGGUCUUGACAUUAUCAGUCCCGAGUUGCAAGAAGAAGAACGAAGUCACAGUCAAAGAGAGGAGAAAGAGGAAGAGGAAGAAGAACGAGAACAAAGACAUCACAAACACAGUGAAAAAGAAGAGGAGGAAGAAGAGGAUGAACCUCUCAUCCAUGAGAUUAUUAAAAAGUGGAAGAAAAAAACAGAAGAAAAGAAACGGGAAUCACACGGAAGAGGAGAAAAAAAAGAACAAGUAGAGGAAAGGGAAGAGGAGGAGGAAGAGGAAGAAAUACAUGGUCAACACAGCAAAGGAGGAGACAAUGGUUUGGAAGAAACUAUUUGCAGUCCAAAGAUUCUUGAGAACAUCGCUCGUCCUUCACGUGCUGAUCUCUACAACCCACGUGCUGGUCGCAUCAGCACUGUCAACAGUUUAACCCUCCCAAUCCUCCGCAACUUACGCCUCAGUGCCGAAUAUGUUCUUCUCUACAGGAAUGGUAUAUAUGCUCCACACUGGAACAUCAACGCCAACAGCCUCUUGUACGUGAUUAGAGGACAAGGAAGAGUUAGAAUAGUGAACAGUCAAGGAAACCCAGUGUUCGACGACAAGGUGAGAAAGGGACAAUUGGUGGUGGUGCCACAAAACUUUGUGGUGGCUCAACAAGCAGGAAAUGAAGAAGGAUUGGAGUAUGUAGUGUUCAAGACAAAUGAUAGAGCUGCUGUUAGCCAUGUAAAGCAAGUGUUUAGGGCAACUCCUGGUGAGGUUCUUGCAAAUGCUUUCGGACUUCGAAAGAGGGAGGUUGCUCAAAUUAAGUAUAAUGGAAACCGUGGCCCGUUGGUUCAGCCUCAAUCUCAAUCACAGUCUCAAUAA